AUGUCGUCUACUGCAUCUGUAGUCCCCAAUGUUUCAUAUCAUUUGCCCAAGCCUGUUACACAGAAUUUCCAGCACUUCGAUUGUGGUUCUGAUGGGUCAGUGUUGGGAUUCAGCCAUCAAUCUCCCCAAAAUAAUGAUUAUGGGCCUACUGCUAAUUUUAUGAAGUCAGAGUCAUCUAUAUCCGCUUCUAAACUAGUUUCCUAUAACUUAGAUAACGCUUUACGUCUAUCAUUAAAGUCAUCUACAGUCCCGCUUAAUGGACACAUAUCAAAUUAUACAGAAAAACUGUCUCAACGACCUUUGUCUUUCCAUGAAUCGUCAGCCCCUCCUCUGGAUUCAAUAAUCAAGCAGAAAAUCCAAAGUUUACCCAGAUCUUUGAUCCUAGAAGAUUCGGAAGAAUGUAAAUCCGUCAAAAAAAGUUCGCCUGAAAAUAAACUCCUAUGUUCCGAUGAUGAACUUGAUCAUUUGUGUCAAACCGGUGCUCAUUGUAUUCCAAAAAGAGCUUUGGGAUUUGGUAACUCUGGGAAUACAUGUUAUCUUAACUCUGUACUUCAAUGUAUUUUGGCUACUGGACCUCUACUUGCAUAUAUUAACCAUAAACAUUCAAACCCUAGUAGCUGUAUCAUAACUAAUGGUCGGUCCAGCCUUCCAAGCUUAAACAAAUCUCGGUUUUGUGUUUUAUGCGGUCUUUCUCGUCUUAUUAAUGAACAUCACUCUCAAAAUGGACGUACAAUUCCUUCUUACUUUGUAACAAAUGUUCGAGCUAUUUGUCCCAGUCUUCGUCCUUAUCAACAAGAAGAUGCACAUGAAUUUCUACUUGGACUUUUGUCAAGAAUGGAAGAUAGUUCAUUGGCAAGUUUUGGUAAAGUGUCUCGUAAAAUAUCUGAAACAAAUGUCAUCAGGAGGAUUUUUGGUGGUAUAAUACGUUCAGAAGUGACAUGUCAUUCUUGCCUCAAAGUUUCAGCGCGGGAUGAACAAUGCUUUAAUUUGUCUAUGGAUAUCACUUGCGCUCGAAGUUUACAGCAAUGUCUGUGUAAUUAUAUUCGUAGUGAAGAGUUAUCAGGUCAAAAUGCAUAUAAAUGUGAAAAUUGUCAUCAACUUCGACCAGCUAUGAGAAAAUGUACCAUUUAUCGAGCACCACCUAUACUUAUUAUCCAGCUAAAUAGAUUUUCACGUCAUCAAAAACUUGAUAUACGUGUAGAUUUUCCUUCAUCAUUUAAUUUACGUCCAUUUAUGACACAAUCAAAAGGUUUACCAAUAUUAUAUAAAUUAUAUGCUAUAGUUAAUCAUGAAGGAUAUAGUUGUCGUAGUGGACAUUAUGUAUCAUUUACUCUACGUCAUGGUCAAUGGUUAUCACUUAAUGAUAGUUUUGUUUCAACAACAAAUCCUGACCAUGUUUUACGUCAGUCACCCUACCUACUGUUCUAUGAAGCGGUUCGUAAUUCAACUAACAGUACAGUUACUCGUACAGUAACUUCUAAGGAAUCUUCACUAGACACUAAUACUCCGAAGCUAAAUAACUCCCAGUUACCUCUUGUUAAUGAUACAGUCAAACAACAACAGUCUAUUACAAAACCUUAUUUAUCAUCAUCAUCGUCGUCUACACAGCCUAAUCAUCAUAAAUCUUUUAACAUCAUAAAACAAACAAAUUUACCACCUGUUACCACAUCAUCUGUUAUUUCUCAAAGUACUUCAUUUACUAAGACACCAACAAUUAAUUCAUUGUGUUGCAGUAAUCCUACCACAAACACGGUAUCAUCCGUACCGAAAAUUGUUUUUAAUCCUAAACUUUCAUUAAAUAAAAUAAACAUCCUGGCCUCACCAAUUGUUCCUUCUACAUCAAUAUCAAAUGGUCCCAUUAAUUCACUAUCUUUUACUUCGAAGAGUAAAAAUAUUCAAGAUAUCGUAGAGUGUGGUAAGAAUCAUCAUUCAAAUAUUAUAUCAACAGUACCUUCAGCCAGCAGUAGUACUAGUGGUACGACAACAACCAUCUCUUUAUCAGCGGCCACUGUCCGGGAGUUGCUCUAUGGAAAAGAAACAUCAUCAAAUUUAUGGACUGAACGUCCAACACCAAUAAACGAGUCUGUUUUAUCAUUGUCGUCGACUUCAUCAUCAUCUUCAACAAUAACAACAUUAUCUCAUUGUAUUAAAAAUCCGACUAGUGAACAAUCAUCAGUUACUCUUUGUAAUAAUUCAGAUAAUCUAACCACAAUCAGUACUACAAAGGUACAAACCACCUCAUCUCAAUUACCUUCACUUAAUACUGCAGGCUUAAAAGAUAAACAACAUGAAUUGACAAAUCCUUUAGUGGACUAUUCUUAUGAGGAAUCGGACAGUGAUAAAAAUGGUUCACCACCUCCUCACAAGCGAAGUCGAACAACAUACAGUGGCUCUGACUCUGGCAUUGUUUGGGUUCCCGGCAAUCAUAAUGAAAAAUCCAAAAAGCAUCAUACUUAUAAAUCUUCACCAGAUGAACAUAAACGUCAUAAGAAAAAGCAUAAAAGUCGUCAUUCGUCUAAACACAGUUCUUCCCAUCAUAAUUCAUGGAAUGGUUCCGACGAUAACCAUCACCGUCAUAAUCAUCGUAAUCGGGAGCUCGAUCGUAGCAGUAGUCUGCCUCGUCCUUCUUCUCAUCAUCAUCAUGACAAGCAUCGUCGCCGUCAUCAUCAUAAAAAAUAUCGACAAGAGUCACCUGAUUCCAAAAAUCACCGCUUCCAUUUACAUCAUAAACACUACAAACAAUCUCAUAGUCAUGAAAAUGGAUACAGGUAA